UGUACAACAAGAUGGCGUCUCGUCUCCUCGUUUGACUAUGCGAACGAGAUACUGCGCUUUUGAAAACUGAAGUGUUUCGUAAAUUAUUAUUACAUUUUUGAUCCAUCCAAUUUUAUUAACUUUUAAUCACACAUCACAAGUUUUGUAGUAAAAUCUAUUUAAUUUGGUUUUACUACUAACAUUCCUGAAGUGAAUCAUGAGCAAUUACGAGGAUGACCAAAGUGAAGAUGGAGAACUAGCACGCAGUCCUGUUCAAGAUGAAAUGGAUUUUAGUUUAUCAGAUGAAGACCGGGAUAAUGCAGAUUCACUUGUCAUCAAACCACCUCAGGCUGUAGUACAAUCUUCACAUCGAGACAAACGAGGUCAUAAAAGACCUGGAAAGGAUAGAUACAGAGAUAAUUCUAGAAAAGAAAAGAAACACCUGUACAGGGAACGUGAUAAAUCUGAUAAAUCUAAAAGAGAUGUUGGUAAGAAUCCUGACAGAGAAGAAAUAUCCAAAGAUUAUUAUAGAGAAAAACAAUAUUACAGAGACAAGGAAUUAUACAGGGAAAAAGAUAUUUACAAAGAAAAAGAAGCUUACAGAGAGAAAGAAGCAUAUCGGGAUAAAGAAAGCUAUAGAGAGAAAGAGGUAUACAGAGAAAAAGAGGCGUACAGGGAGAAAGAAGGUUACCGUGAAAGAGAUGGGAGGGACAAGGACCUUUAUAAGGACAAAGAGUAUAGGGAUAAAGAUACAUCAUAUAGGGAAAAGGAGACAUCAUACAGAGAAAGAGAUCAUUACAAGGAACGGGAGAUGUAUAGAGAAAAUGCUCCCUUUAGGGAUACUAGAACAAGAGAGGCCUAUAGGGAGAAAGAAGCAUACAAAGAGAAAGACCAUACUAGGGACAGAGAAAUGUACUUAGGUAGAGAGCGGCAAUAUAAAUAUGGUGAUGAGAGAAAGCGUGUAGACAAUGACAGGAUAGAAUCCAGAUUAAGAUUAUUAGCAGAAGAAGGUCAUACAAAUCAUAAUAAUGAAAAGGAAAAUAAGGAUAGGUCGUCGGGUGAUAAAGAAUUAGAAGAUUUAAGAUCUAGAUUACUAAGUAAAAGAAUUACAAAAGAGUUACAAACUCAGGAAGCAACUAAAAAGCAACCUGAUUCAACUAAAGAGUCAAGAUCAGAUCGUCAUUCUUCCUUGGAUAAACAUCAACAGGAAAGAAGGAAAAGGCUUAUUGAAGCAGAUCGAGAAAUGGAGAAAAGAAAACAUGAGUCGCGUCAUGAGUUAGAAGCGAGACGCCAAGAGCACCGCCGCCGCGGUAAGAAACGCACCAUAUCUCCUGAGGAUGCCUCCAAUAAGAAACCUAAGUCCAAUCACUCACCUAAUUACGAUUCUGUGGUCACUGUGUCUGAUGCUAGUGAUGUAGAAAUGAGAAGUAUAUCAGGACUAUCUGAAACCGAAGAUGGUGAACAUUCCCGUAGUGAAACAGAGGAAAGCUCCAGUACAGCAUCUGAUUCAGAGGCAGAAUCAAAGUCUGAGGAUGAUGACAAUUUAGAUGAGGAUAAGUCAAAUAAAAAUGACUUAAAAGAGAAAACAAAUGAUAAACCAAAAUUAAAAGUAAAGUCAAAAUCACCUACACCAAAAUUAGAUCAUGUAAGCCCACUGUCACACGAAUCUGUGAGAUCCCAUUCUAGAUCCAAGAGCAGAAGUAGAUCCCACUCCUUCUCGCCGCCGCCGCCAGGAGAAAAUGGCAAGAUUGCCGAGGAAGUAAAGUCUAAUGAAGAUGAAGAACAGGCUAAAAUUAAAGAAGAAGCAAUCAAUGCUCUGCCUCCUUAUUUCCCUGCUUUACAGGGAUGUCGUUCUGUUGAGGAGUUUCAAUGUCUCAACAGGAUUGAGGAAGGCACCUAUGGAGUUGUUUACAGAGCCCGUGAUAAGACGACAGAGGAAAUAGUCGCUUUAAAGCGCCUAAAAAUGGAAAAGGAGAAAGAAGGAUUUCCUAUUACAUCCCUGAGGGAAAUUAAUACAUUACUCAAGGGCCAGCAUCCUAAUAUCGUGACUUGUAGGGAGAUCGUGGUAGGCUACAAUAUGGACAAAAUAUUUAUAGUGAUGGAUUAUGUGGAGCAUGACCUCAAAAGCCUUAUGGAGACCAUGAGAGGAAAGAAACAAGUGUUUCUGCCAGGGGAAGUUAAAUGUUUGAUGACACAGCUCCUGAGGGCUGUACAUCAUCUUCACGACAACUGGAUUUUGCAUAGAGAUCUCAAAACCAGCAAUCUGCUGCUUUCUCAUAAAGGUGUUUUGAAGGUUGGUGAUUUUGGUUUAGCUAGGGAAUAUGGAUCUCCUCUUCGUCAAUACACACCGAUCGUAGUGACUCUAUGGUAUCGCGCCCCCGAACUACUUCUGUGCUGCAAAGAAUACUCGACACAUAUCGAUAUGUGGAGUGUUGGCUGCAUAUUUGGGGAAUUCGUUUCAAUGAACCCCCUGUUCCCAGGAAAAUCGGAAGUUGAUGAAUUGAACAGGAUAUUCAAGGAUCUUGGCACUCCAUCGGAGUCUUGCUGGCCUGGGUACAGUGAAUUGCCCGCCGUGCAGAAGAUGACGUUCGCUGAGCACCCACCUGGGGGUUUGCGGCAGCGAAUAGGGCAGGAUUUGCUGUCCGAAGCGGGACUCACGCUACUGCAAAGUUUCCUCACUUACGAUCCUGCUAAAAGGAUAACCGCCGAAGCUGCGCUGGAUCAUCCAUAUUUUAAGGAGCACCCGGUUGCCAUCGACCCAGCGAUGUUCCCGACGUGGCCGGCGAAGUCGGAGGGCAACCGGCGCACCACGCACAGCCCGCGGCCGCCGGCCGGCGGCGCCGCCUACGCGCAGUACUCGCGCUCCGACUCCGACGAGGCGCUCGGCUUCCAGCUGCAACAUCGCUCCGUCAACGUGGCGCCGGGAUUCUCGCUCAAAUUCUAGCGACGCCCAUCUCGCCGCACGCCAACGCAAAGCUGAUGUUCGUUUUAUAUCCCCUUACUUUUACGUCAACAUUAGAGCAUAACGUGCACAGAUAAAAUGGAAAAGAGUAGUUUCAGUAAUUAUAUGUACGUAUCCAUAUAAUAUCAUAAAAAUUAUAGAUAGUGCAUUAAUCAGUUUGGGCACUGUUGCUAAAAAGAGCAACUGCUACUUAAUACGUAACGUAAUCUUGCGCGAAGGAAGAUUUCAUUAAAUCUUAUUUUACCCGGAAUAGAUCCCAGGGUAUAAAACAUACUUCGGUUUCAUAGCCAUUCCUUACAAAUCAACAAUUGGCACAGAAAUCGGAAUAAUAGUAUUCGAUCUCUAUGACAGUAGAAAAUCAAGGAUUAUUUGUAAUGAACAACAAUUUUGGAAUGAAUUUAGUAUUUAAUGAAAGUAGAAUGCCUUUAAUUUUCAAAAAAAUAUGUAUGUUUCAGACUGUGACAUGAUUGUAUGUACUUAUUUUAUUAUAAACUAUAGAGAAGAUUUUUCAAAUAAAGAAGAAUACUGUAAAUACGAGCUCUAUUUUUCCAUUGCCGUUGUAUAACAAUAUUUAAUCAUUCUGUGGUUGUGCAUGUGCAUAUUUGGUUAAAUACCUUAUUUUAUUACUCUAAGAUAAUGACAAAGUACAUUUACAUAACUGUCAAAAAAGGUAUGUAAUAUUUUGGAGUUGUUUGUCAAGGCCAGCCAUAACCACAUAACAUUGAAUCAUUAUUUAAUGAUAAAAAUAAUUAUGUAUAUAGUUAAGUCGUUCUGCAUCUAUGAAAGGUAAACUAGAAUUAAAAUAGGUUAUGUAGUAAUUAUGGUACAAUAAUUAUAAUUAUUGUUUUGACAAA